CGCAAUAUAUUUAUUCCCUUCGUAGAUCACGUGACAUAAUGAUCAUGUGAAGAUAUUCGAAAUCCAAGAGAACAAAAAAAAUGUACAAAUUAAAUUUGAAUAAUAAUUUACCAUUGCUGAAUCGAUCGAUUGCUGAAAUACAUCAACUUUUUCGUACUGGACAAUUAUCACCAUUAGAUUUAUUCGAACAAUGUCGACAACGUAUACGUGAUACGAAAAUAUUGAAUGCAUUCAUAACCAGUACCGAUGAUUUUGGUUUUGAUCAAUCAACAAAAUCUACCGAAAGAUAUCGUCAAGGCGAGGCAUUUGGUUUGUUAGAUGGAAUACCAAUUUCAUUUAAAGAUAAUUUUAGUACAAAAAAUAUUCGUACAACAUGUGCUUCAAAAAUGCUUGAAAAUUAUCAUCCACCAUUCAAUGCAACUGUAGUGGAAAAAUUAUUCAAUUCAGGUGUAACAAUAAUGGGAAAAACAAAUAUGGAUGAAUUUGCAAUGGGUUCAGCUUGUUCAGAAUCAUAUUUUGGUCCGGCUUAUCAUCCUUGGAAUUCUAGUAUUCAUUCCGGUGGAAGCUCUGGUGGUAGUGCAAUAUCAGUUGCUACUGGAGCUUGUUUUGCAUCACUUUCAUCCGAUACAGGUGGAUCAACUAGAAAUCCAGCAUCACGUCUGGGUAUUGUUGGAUUUAAACCAUCAUAUGGAUUGAUUUCUCGGUACGGUCUAAUACCAUUAACACAUUCAUUGGAUGUACCAGGAAUUAUGGCUCGUAAUGUUGGCGAUGUUCGAUUAAUUUUCAAUAAACUUCAUGGUCAUGACACUAAAGAUUCGACCACUGUCGAUGUUAAACUUAAUGAUGAUGAUAAAAAUCUUGAUGAUCUAAAUAAUUUAACCAUUGGUAUACCAGUCGAAUAUAAUGUUGAAAAUCUUAGUCCAAAUAUUUCGAAAGCUUGGAAAGAAGCUGAAUAUAUGUUACGUGACGCUGGAGUUCGAAUCAAACAAAUAUCUUUGCCACAUACAGAAUAUUCAUUAGCAUGUUAUUCGAUUUUAAAUUCUAGUGAAGUAGCUUCGAAUUUUGCUUGCUAUGAUGGUAUUGAAUAUGGUUAUCGAACAACAAAAUCGGAUCAAAAUUUGGAAGAUUUGUAUAUAGCUACACGUGAAGAAUCACUUAAUGAUAUUGUUAAAUCAAGAAUUAUUGCCGGAAAUUAUUUCUUACUUAGUCAAAAUUAUCAAAGAUUUUUUGAAAAAUCUUUACAAAUUCGACGUUUAAUUAGUGAUGAUUUUUCAAAAGCAUUUCAUGAUGUUGAUUUUAUAUUAACACCAGUAUGUUUAACAAAUACAAUGAAUUAUUAUCGAUGGAAUCAAAUGGAUCAAACUGAAGAAGCAAUCCGGGAAGAUUAUUGUACACAACCAGCUAAUAUGGCUGGUUUACCUGCAAUUAGUUUACCAUUUAAACUCGAUCCGGAUAACAAUUUUUUACCAAUUGGUUUACAAUUAAUCGGUCAACAAUUUGAUGAUUAUAAUUUAUUGAAAUUUUCGGAAAAAUUUGAAAAAUUAACAAAAUUUCCAAAUUUAAUUUUCGAAUAAAAAUGUAUUCUUUCUUUUUUUUCAAUGAAAUUCGAAUUGGACAUGCGUGUUUCGUGUGUUUCGAGUGGAAUAUUCGAAAAAAAAGAAAAAACUAAUUCCCAAAUCCUGUGGUUGUAAUCUUAUUUUUAGGCAACUUUUUUUCAUUUCAUUUCAUUUUUUUUUGUUUAUCCAAUUUUUUUCAAGUGUUAUGUACAUAAUAAUUAUUCAAAUCAUAGUAAAGUAUGAUGAUUGAAUGAAUGAAUGAAUCAGAAAUUUCAUUUCAUUUGCCGUCAUUC